GCGUCCCCUGGGGUGCCGGCCCCGCUCCCCCGGGGCGCCCGGCGCAGCGUGGAGACUACAUAUCCCAGCAUGCCGCGGCGCCGGCGGAGCGAGGCGAGGCGCGGUGAGUCAGAGCCGCACAGUAAAUAUUUGUAUUAGCCGGAGCCGGCUCGCUAAUGGUGGACGCGUGAGGCGGAGGCGCUGGCGGCGGAGGGAGGCCGGAGCGGGCAGCGCGGCGGCGCCAUGUCCGUGAACAUGGACGAGCUCAAGCACCAGGUCAUGAUCAACCAGUUCGUGCUGACGGCGGGCUGCGCGGCCGACCAGGCGAAGCAACUGCUGCAGGCGGCCCACUGGCAGUUCGAGACAGCCCUCAGCGCCUUUUUCCAGGAGACCAACAUCCCCUACAGCCACCACCACCACCAGAUGAUGUGCACCCCCGCCAAUACCCCUGCUACACCCCCCAACUUCCCCGACGCUCUCACCAUGUUCUCCCGUCUCAAGGCCUCCGAGAGCUUCCACAGCGGUGGCAGCGGCAGCCCGAUGGCCGCGACAGCCACGUCACCCCCGCCACACUUCCCCCAUGCCGCCACCAGCAGCUCUGCGGCCUCCAGCUGGCCCACGGCGGCCUCGCCCCCGGGGGGCCCACAGCACCACCAGCCACAGCCGCCCCUGUGGACUCCAGCACCCCCUUCUCCGGCUUCAGACUGGCCACCCCUGGCCCCCCAACAGGCCACCUCAGAACCCAGGGCCCACCCUGCCAUGGAGGCAGAGAGAUAAGGGAGGCCCCUCCCCCCUCCCGGAGGCCAGGACCCCGUGGGGCGGGGGAGAGGACGUCUCUGCGGGCCCCCUUCACCCUUUUUCUGUCUGCACCCCUUGUUCCCCGGAGUCCCGGAGGGGAGAGCGCGGACUCUAGCCAGGCAGGGACAUGUCUGGUGCCAGAACACGCAGCUGCCCACACGCAAGGUCAUGGCCCCAGCGGCCCCGGCACAUGGAGUGGUUCAGAGCGGCCUGGGUGCCUGGCGGACAGAACUUCAGAGACCACGCAGCCUUCCUUCGAAGACGUACCUGCCCCGUCCAGCCCAGGGGCGCCGUGGAGGACCACCCUGGCGGAGACAUCGCUGAUCCCUGGCUUGGAGCUCCUUGGGGGCCGGCAGGCCUCGACCCCCACCCUAGGGAAUGCAGAGCCUCUCCGCAUGUGUGCGCGUGGCCGUGUCUGUGUAUUUCUACAUGUGUCGCUCUUCAGAAGCAACCUAGUUCCUGGGGCAGCUGGACUUUGCAUGUUAGAGUGAGCCCCCAGCCCCCUGCCCGCCGCCCCCUCCCCAGGGCCCUGCCUCCUCUCCACCCCCUCAUCAGCCGGCGUCGCUGUUCCUUGCAGAGAAAAGGAUUGUGGGAAACUCCAGGACUCUUCCCACCGCCUCCCAGCGCCUGCCUGCUGGGGCUGCCUGCAUGCCUCCCCUGCACCUGGGGGUACCCGCAUCCACUUCCUUUCCCCCUUUUAACAAAAGAGAAGAACGAAUUCCAAACCAC